UGCUUCCCCUGUACUACCGGGGCAUAUUGCAUUUUGUGAUUUACUUUCCUUGUGCCCAGUGUGGGUGUACCCCCGGGGGACAGGAGGAGACUGAUGCAUGCUGCAUUCAUGCAGGGUUUGUUUGCAGCCGGUCCCGUAGUCCAAGGGAGAACCGUUCCAGCUCAGUGCAUGGAAGAGAUGAAGCAGGCACUCUAGAAAUCCUUUUGAGGGGCUCAGGAAGGUAAGAAAGGUGACUCUUCCCCGCUCGAAGUUUGCUGGUUCAUAAACCUCUGGUGCAGAGCCCCGCACCGCUGACAAACCGAUUGCCAGCUGAGCGCGAUGCUGAGAUGUUCGUCCAGGAGCGAAGCGGAGCGGGGCUCGGACUAGCCCGAGAGCGCUCCAUCUCAGCGAGGCACGAGCGCAGUUUCUGCAGGCGGGCGUAUUGACAGCUCAGACCAAAUCAGCCUUUGAGAGAGAAGCGGGUCUGCCGGCAGCCUGCGCUUAUGCCUGGGAGGCUUUUCAGCCCAGCCAGCUUUCGGCAGGUGUGGAAGGGCACAGAAGGGAGGGCCUGUCCUUUUUGCAGUGCCACCUCGGAGGAGGGCUCUGGGAUUUCUUUUUCCCCCCCCCUCGCUGCUUUGCAACGGGUCUGUAGCGAAGCGCCCCGUGGGGUGCGAGGUCUGGAAGCGCAGAAUCGAAGGCUCUGCUGGCGUGGGGUUGCAGCCGUCUGGCACGCGGCACGCUCUAUUCCUGUCUGGAGCGCGUCGCCGGUUAAGUAUUUACAGUAAGCGGGUCGGCCGCUUCCGAGGAAGGUGUUGUCGGGUUACACAGCCCCCCGCAGCGCCUGCAGGCGCGGCGGCCGCCCAUUAAAGGGAUUGAAUCUGUGCAGCGCCGCGGGUUUGGCUGUGACCGUCCUGACCCCCCUGGCACUUCGCUCCUGGGCAGCAGUGGCGGCAGCACAGUCAAGCUGAGAAUAUCCCUCCGGACGCCGAUGGAUAACGGGGCUGGGUGGGGAAGCGGUGUUGGCUUUUCCUUGGGUACCGGGUGGAUGAUGGCAGGCGGGCUGUGUCGGGUUCCCUCGUGCUUGCCGGCACCGAGCUCCAAGAAGGGGCUGCAUCUGUGCCUUGUUCCUGGGUCCCCAGCAGCCGCAGCAUCCCUGCCACGUGCAACUUCUGUGCUGCUCGGGCCCUCGGCUUCCCCGAGAUCAGACACGGACUUGAGCUCAGGAUGGAAAGCCCACCCGUGGCGCUGAUGGGGCUUGUGCGUGGACGCAGCGACCGGCUCCAGAAUUGCCCUUCUCUCCAGCCCCUUCUUGCGGGGAAAUAGGAACGGUUUCUCCUGCGUCCUUGUACUGCAAGCACCCGUCCGUCCCCCACCUCCGUCUCCCCCCGGGCCGGCCGGCUCAUGCCACUUGUGCACCGAGUCUGCCGUUCUCAGCAGAAAGGUUGGCCGGCUUUGCACGGGGAGUGGCCGGUUCCCUGGGCCGGGAGAAGGAGGGGGCGGGGGGGCGCCUGAGCAGGUCAUCGCUUUUUAGAACUAAAUAUAGUUGACGGCGCUUUCAUAAGGCAAGGAUUUCUGCGUCACGUGACCGGCUUUAUCCUCCCCUGGCCGUCAGUCAGGCAGCGCGGAUCGUGUAUCUGAAUGGGUAAUAAUUAACUGUUAACUAGCUUUUCAUUAGAGCUUGGUAGAAGCAGGCGGGCAGCGGGUGCCCUCCGCGGAGGGGAAGGCAGGAGCGGAGGCGACUGGCCCCCCACGGCCCCUCUCCGGUCAGGUGUCCCCCCCCCGAAGAGCACUCGACGCCUGCCAAAGUGGUGAGGGCUGCGAACCCGAGACAGCGGAAGGGAAGCAAGGUCGGUGACUUCGGGGAUGCCACAAACUGGCCGACCCCUGGAGAAAUAGCCAACAAGAGUGUCCAGCCGCACAAGCCACAGCCCCUGCGGAAGCUGCCGAUCAAGAAGGACAUGAAGGAGCAGGAGAAGGGGGACGGAAGCGACGGCAAGGAAAACCUGAAGGCCCGAUCGGACGAGUCCGGGGAGGAGAAAAACGGUGACGACGACAACCAGAAGGCGGGCCAGAAGAAGAAGGGCAACAAGCACAGGUGGGUCCCGCUGCAGAUCGACAUGAAGUCGGACGUGUCAAGGGAUAAGACCGCCUCCCGCAACAACCGGCAGAACGAGCAGCACCGACACCCCUCCAACAACCGCGGCGAGCUGAAAGGCUGGCACCCCGACAACAAACACGAGCGGAACUGGACCGACCACGACGAGACCUCCAGCGUGAAGAGCGAGGGCGGCGCCGUGCGAGGAGCUUUCCGGGGAAGAGGCCGUGGCCGGGGCCGCGGCAGGGGCCGGGGCAGAGGAGGUACUCGCUCGCACUUCGACUACCAAUACGGCUACCGGAAAUUCGACGGCUCGGACGGCUCGCGCGCCCAGAAGUACACCAGUAACAUCACCUACUACUUCGACAACAUCAGCAGCACCGAGCUGUACAGCGUGGACCAGGAGCUGCUCAAGGACUACAUCAAGCGCCAGAUCGAAUACUACUUCAGUGUGGACAACCUGGAGCGGGACUUCUUCCUGCGGCGCAAGAUGGACUCGGACGGCUUCCUCCCCAUCACCCUCAUUGCCAGCUUCCACCGGGUGCAGGCCCUGACCACGGACAUCAGCCUCAUCAUUAAGGCGCUGAAGGACAGCAAGGUGGUGGAGAUUGUGGACCAGAAGAUUAGGAGAAAGGAGCAGCCUGAGAAAUGGCCCUUGCCUGGCCCUCCCAUGGCAGACUACACGCAGACCGACUUCUCCCAGCUCAUCAACUGCCCCGAGUUCGUGCCCCGACAGAGUUUCCAGAAGGAGACAGAGUCCGCGCCGGGCUCCCCCCGUGCUGCUAGCCCCGUGCCUACCAAGACGGAGGAGGUCAGCAACCUGAAGACGAUGCCCAAGGGCCUGUCCGCCAGCCUGCCCGACCUGGACUCGGAGACGUGGAUCGAAGUGAAGAAGAGGCCCCGGCCCUCCCCAGCCAGGCCCAAGAAAGCGGAGGAGUCGAAAACGCCGCAGAAGCAGAAGGACCAGGACGAGCCAGAGGAGCUGGACUUCCUGUUCGACGAGGAGAUGGAGCAGAUGGACGGGCGCAAGAACACCUUCACCGACUGGUCGGAUGAGGACUCGGACUACGAGAUCGACGACCGCGACGUCAACAAGAUCCUCAUCGUCACGCAGACGCCCCCCUACCUGCGCCGCCACCCCGGGGGUGACCGGACCGGCAACCACACCUCCCGGGCCAAAAUGAGCUCGGAGCUGGCCAAGGUGAUCAACGACGGGCUGUACUACUAUGAGCAGGACCUGUGGACCGAGCAGUUCGAGCCCGAGUACUCGCAGAUCAAGCAAGAAGUGGAGAACUUCAAGAAGGUGAAUAUGAUCAGCAGGGAGCAGUUUGACACCCUCACCCCAGAGCCCCCGGUCGAUCCGAACCAGGAAGUCCCUCCUGGACCCCCCCGGUUCCAGCAAGUCCCCACCGAUGCGCUGGCCAACAAGCUCUUCGGCGUCCCUGAACCAUCAACCAUUGCCCGGUCUCUGCCAACGACUGUGCCAGAAUCGCCCAACUACCGCAACGCCAGGACGCCCCGCACCCCCCGCACGCCGCAGCUCAAAGACCCGACUCAGACGCCGCGGUUUUACCCGGUCGUGAAAGAGGGCAGGACGAUAGAUGCCAAGACUCCCCGCAAGCGGAAGACGAGACACAGCUCCAACCCUCCCAUGGAGUGCCACGUCGGCUGGGUGAUGGACUCCCGGGAGCACCGGCCACGAACUGCCUCCAUCAGUUCCAGCCCCUCGGAAGGGACCCCGGCCGUGGGGAGCUACGGGUGCACGCCGCAGUCGCUGCCCAAGUUCCAGCAUCCCUCGCACGAGCUGCUCAAGGAGAACGGCUUCACGCAACACGUGUACCACAAGUACCGUCGGCGCUGCCUUAACGAGCGGAAGCGACUGGGCAUCGGUCAGUCCCAGGAGAUGAACACACUCUUCCGGUUCUGGUCGUUCUUCCUCCGCGACCACUUCAACAAGAAGAUGUACGAGGAGUUCAAGCAGCUGGCUGUGGAGGAUGGGAAGGAGGGAUACAGGUAUGGUCUGGAGUGCCUUUUCAGAUACUACAGCUACGGGCUGGAGAAGAAGUUCCGCCCGGACAUCUUCAAGGAUUUCCAAGAAGAAACCAUCAAGGAUUAUGAAGCUGGGCAACUCUACGGGCUUGAAAAGUUCUGGGCCUUCUUGAAAUAUUCCAAAGCCAAAAAUCUGGACAUCGACAGCAAACUGCAAGAAUACCUCAGCAAGUUCAAGCGCCUCGAGGACUUCCGCGUGGACCCGCCCAUGGGGGAGGAAGGCGGGCAGAAGAGAUACCCGUCGACGGCAGGAGGAGACGGGAGGAAGCGCUAUCCAUCCCAGUCUUCUAGCAAGCCGGUCAGCCAGCCCCCUGCCUCGUCCGGCCAGCCCGCCAGAGAGGAUGCCAAACCCCCGAGCCAGCCUGCCCCGGCCACGGCAGCUGUGGACCCUCACGCGCUGGGGAAGUAGCGAAUAUCGAGCUGCUGCUUCCUGCCGGGCGAGGGGGGUUGGCGGGGAGCUGGACCGGGGAGGGGAGGAGUGAGUGAGUGAGUGAGUGAGGCUGGGGGUGGGCAGGACGGAGCAACGAGGCGGGUGCCUGCGAACCGAAUCGAAUCGAAUCGGCUGCUUGGGGGAACCCUUCAACGCACUCGCGGCUGGACAAGACUCUCCACGCCGAAGCUGCCUCUGCUUGCUGUACGUCGCCGGCCGGAGCCAGACCCCCACACUUUCAUGUCUUAGCUUCUUUCUUUUUUUCCGGGUGGGUUGGGAAGAGGGGGAGAGGUGUUUUUUGUUUUUUUUUUUUCCUUUUUUAUUCUAUAUAUAUAUCAAGUUUUAAAUUAUUGAUCGAGGCUCGUCGGGAUGGAUUGCCACUGCUCAGCUCCACGCGCCCCUUCCCGAGCCCCGCCCCUGCCUCCGGCCACCCUUCAGCCUGGAGGAGUGAGAUUUCCACCUGCCCCCCAGAGCAAUCUCUAGCUCUUCUGGGCUGGCUGCGACCCCGUGGAGCCCUGUCACCGGGAGCAGGUCGGCGCCUACCCCUUCCGGGGCUGCAGUGGAUCCGGAGCAUCACCCCCGGGGUCGACCUCUCCUCCCCCCACAAUUUGCCCUUCCACCACAGACACUUGGAAGUCAACCAAAGGAGCUUUGCCAAGUGAAGGCUGCCUCCCUCCGAGCUCGGCCGAUGCCUUCCACGCCCGGACUGCAGGCAGGGGGGCCGGGAACGCUGCACGGAGCCCCCUCCCAAACCGCCACCGGGCAUGCACAGAGACGGGCCUGCGCCCGGGCGCUUUCUCUUCUUUUCGCUUGACGACUUGCACGUGGAAAAUCAACCAACCGGAGCCCCUGGACUGUGGGGACUCUUCUCCCUUUGCUGCUUCCUCGGAAAUAAUCGUUCAAAACAAACAAACAAACAAAAAAAAAAAGUUGCCUUAUGGUGGAGCUGGAACUCGGAGACCUGCCGGCUCCCCUUCCCGACGCCGGCCGGGACCCCCCUUCUUCCCCGCCUCCAGCCGAGAGACUCCUUGCGGGGCCCACGGGCAACACCCUGCAAUGCCACUUUUGUGGUCUCAGGGAACGUGGCAUCAGGCUCACGGACGACCUGGCCCCAUUGCAGCCCGGCUGUGGGCCCCGCUCCCGGCAGAGGCAGCGUCCUCCAAGACUUGUGCUAUUACGUAGUGGAUGCUGAUACAUGUAUAUACUGUUGUAGUGCCCUCCCUGCUGUCGCCUCGCUCAGACUCACAGGGUCACUGCCGUUGUCUUUCCCCUCCCGCCAGCCCCCUAAGCAGGGGCAUCUCAGUCUGUUACACUCAUGCUGGGAGGGAGGGCACUGGGAGAUGCAGCCGUGGCAGGCGAAGGACUGAUUUCUCACUCGAGGAGAGACGCAAAAGCCCCUGGAGCAGGUGACCGGUGCCGCGCAUGCUGGGCACAGGUAGGGUUGUACUGAAGGUGGGUCUGGAAGGUAGCUCCUUGGUUUCUCCUGCAGGUUUCCCUAGGUGCACAGGGAUUGUCUACUCGCCCAUCCUCUCCAGGGUUUGGGUCUGUGCGGUCCAGCCGGGCAAGGCCAGCGGGGCCGCUGUGCGCUAGCCUGAAUGCAGCAGAAAAAGGCUGAAGAGCAAAGCUGUUCAGGGGUCUUGGACCAAGUGGCUGAGCCUGCCAGUGGGGCGGUAGGAAUUGCCCCCAAGGCAAGCUGCAUGCAAGCUGGGAGACUCAGGCUUCUGGUGCAAAGGUGGAAGUGGCUUCCCCUGGUGCCGCGUGCAGGGGAGAUGCUUACGUGACCCCAGGCUCUGCCUCCAUCCGUGAGGGCCAGGGCUCUGCUGUCGGGCGUGUGCCCCGUGCGCUGUCCUUGCAAAGCACAGGAGGCCGCUCAGUGAGCGGGUACUAGGAAGCCCUGGGUCUGGAUGGUGCAGUGUACACCGCCAGCCAGCCACCACCUACCCAUUUUCAGUGUUUUAAGAGGGUAACUGUUCUCCUCCCACAUGUUCCACGGUUGGGGUGCUGCAGUCUGUGCGGGGUUUGAGUCUACUGCUGCUUUGUAUGGAGGGAUGUGAGGUUCGCAGGGAAAAAUCACUGGAGCCCAGAGCAGAGCUGGUCCCGGUGUGCUGGGCACAGGCUCCUGAACAGCUGAGGGUUUGCUUGUGGGUGUUGCAUAGCAGGAGGUGGCCACGAGCAGCCCGUGGACCGUGCUCAGCAAAAGAUGCCGCUCAGACUGGCGAGGUGCUGCUUUUGCGAGGGAGCCGAGGGGCUAGCAACCCCUCAGCUCACACCCUGGCUCUGCCGAAACGCCAGCCUGCAAUCGGUACCGCUUGAGGGCCUGGCGUCCGUGCACAAGCCUCCUCCCCGGGCUUUGUCUGGGGCAGCAGGGCAUCCCCGUGUGGGGCCUGGUUUCAAACCUCAUCUUAAAUCCUGGAGGAUUGGAGCCGGGUGGGGAGGGUGAACCUGGAGCAGCGUGACGGGGCUGGUGGGAGGUUGUCUGGAAGGUCACGCAUUCUCCUGCCACCCAAGCGUCUGCCUCGUUGCAACCAAGCAGAUGGGAAAUGAGGAGCCGGUCCACUUCGGCCACUGUUGCUGGUGGGCGGUAGGGCCAGAGACGGUCCAGGGGACCCAGAAAUCCAAGCUGAUUGCUUUUGAGGUUAAGAGUUUGUUGGCUUUUUUAAUCUGCCAGGUUCAGACCCUCUCAGAUUUCAGCCCAGAGCAUCAUCCUCUCCCCACUGAGUCAGCGAGUGGUCACGCAAAUCGGCGUGGGUGGGUGACCAGAAGCGAGGUCCCAGCCACGGCACCGCAGCCCAGAUCCACAGGCUGUUGAGGAAUAGAUGGCUGUUGAAUCGGGUAUUGAUGGGCUGUGUCUCGCGUUGCUACAGAAGAGACUAGUGGAGGCAGGGGAGAGGUGGAUGUAACUGGUAGAAAGAGGUGGCCGCGUUGCCUCCUGCAGACUGUAAUAAGCCGCGGCCGUCAAGCCCUGUUCUACCCGCUGCUCGAAAACCAGCGUCUGCAUUAAGAGGAGGGCGAUGGGGUGGCCUGAGCUGGUCUCCAACACCAUGCCUAGUUGGUUGUGGCCAGUGUUUGCUGACCUGGGAGGGGUCUCCCGUCCUCCGUGGCGUGCACGUGAGAUGGGACGGUUCUGCAGGCGCGCCCGUCCCACCACGCUAUAUAACGAUGUAUAUAGAGGAGAUGGCACGUGCCUCGGAGGAGAGAGGGGUGCUGCUUUAGGAGAGGGAGCAGCAGCGAGGCUUCCCCGGGAAGGAGCGUGGCCCUGCUCCUAGCACGGGGCGGUCCGUCGCGACCCUCCUGCUGCGCUCGGGCUGUUUCUGAGGGGUCUGCGCCUGUGCGGUUCCACAGCUUGGAUUCCUGCGUCCCAUGGCCCCUGGCUCAGCAGCAGCCGUUGCCUCCUGUCUUUGGGCAGGCCCGAGCUGAGGUUGACCCAAGGAAACUUUGCAAAGCAGAAGCCGGCCGUCCUCCCAGCCGCCCGGGGAGAGCGGUUGGCUGGUGCCGUUCCCCACGGGGUUUUGUCUGGGUGCAUAAGAUCAGACGCGUCUCCUGUCUGGGGCCCGGUGCAUCGAAUGCCAUUCUCAUAAAUGCUGGCAGUCGUGACGGGGUCCAGACCCGGUGGCUCGGGGCCCGUCUGUCGCCCCUCUGCUUCCCCGCGGGGGGGGGGGCUCAUCACCUGUAACCAUUGGAUUCCGUAGCCCCUCGUUUGCUUCUCGGUCGACCGUACUGUAACAAAAGGCAUCCGAUGCCUUUUUGCACCACCCCUGCCGUACUCCUGCGCACGUGCGACGCCGCAGAGGGGAGCCUUUCCGCUGUUAACGCCUCUCGGAUAUUUGGUUUCGUUUUCUCAAGCCACCACACAAACCCCGCCCGUGAAGACCUGUACGUGUCGCAGAUUGUGUGUGCAACGCGCUCUUUCCUCUGUGCAUCUCUUCUCCGAGACUUUGGUUUUGUCCGUAGCUCACUUCUUCCAAUCACCGCUAGGCUCUUCAUAGGGAGAGGGUUGCUACACGUGAUGGGAAACGCCUCGCUGGCUCCGUUGAGUUUUUGUUUCUGAUCCCUGUAACGCAAAAUGAAUUGGUUUUGUUUUGUUUUUGGAAACGCAUUUCAUCUCAGUGAUGUGGAUCGGGUGGAGUGACAUACGUGUUUUGUUUUUGUUUUUAAUCCUAGAGGCAAUGUUUCAAAGCGUAGUUUACAUCUUCACUUUCUGAAGACACUUGAACAUAGGACCGAUGUAUCUGUGACAAGCACACCCUGGUGUUGGAAGCUCCCGAGGGGUGGGAAAAGGGCACGGGCUCAAGCCCCUCCGCUGUCCGCUUUCGUAGCCCUUUCCGUGUCCGGUCGGGCGCGCUCUGGUGAACCUCCCCUUUCCUCAGCGCUACAUUCCCACUUUGCACCACCCCAGAGCAUCAGUCUGGUACAGCAUAUUGGCUUGUGCCAACGCCAUCCUUCGUGGGAGGGCAGUUGGCGUUGCUUCUUCCAUUGGAGCCCUCCCGACGUAGCAUUGUGUGCCUAUGGAGAAGGGCAGCCGACCUCUCCCGUUCCUUAGCCCCUCGUUUUGCUCCCCGGAGAAAGGUCCUGCACUUAGGGUGGCAAUCCCCAUGCCAAGCCACUGUGACUGGGACGCUGAGCUCGACUUGGGGAGGGUUGGAGUCGGGGGGGGGGGUCUCUUCCAUUUUUCCCCCCAUGCCAGGUCUUGCUCUGAGCUGCCCUAGGCUGAGCAGAGAAGAACCUGCCUUUCAGAUGGGUUGCUUUUUGUGUCCGUGCGCUCAGACUCGGUUAGGACAAAAGGGGAUAUUAGUUUGACCUGCCUGCCCUUCUCCAAGGGGCUUUGUGGACAUCCCAACCUCAGCCCUCCGCUCCCGAAAACAAAAAGAAACGCGUGAGCAACCUUCUUCCGCUGCAUUUUAUUGUAGAGACAAAUUUAAAAUGACGCAUCGCAGACCACGUAUCACCGGGGAGGGAAAAAUCUUGUUAAUAUAGCCCACUGUACAUGAUCCAUCUUCUGUUGAUAGUACAUAAUCUUGACCCAUGUGCUAGAAUCAUUACCCCAGUUAAAAAGGAAAAGAGAAAAAAAAAAUGUAAAAUACUUGAAUGAGAGCUUGUAUUAUAACAUUAAUAUUAUUCAGAGUAUCUGCUUUCUAGGCUGAUGUGAUUCAUUAUUCUAGUAAUGCUUUAGUCCUUUGUAAUUUGUGGUAAUUAUGCUUUUUCCUUUUUAAUACAAAAAAUGUAUAAAAAUAAAAACUUCAAAAGGCCAUGGAGCUUGGGCUCUUAAU